UAAACAAUGCCGUCGAGGAUACUGAUCUUACUUUUGGCACUUUUUGUCCUCAACAGCACAAUUGCACGAAAUUCUGACGACUCCAGGUUCUGGGUUGACUCCACAUCACAAUCGCCUCCCGAAAACCAAAAUAUCAACAACGUUUGUGUGACAGGCCUGAAAGAUAAACUAAAAGUUCACGAUGCCCAGCUUAUGGAACUGAAGAGCCAGCUACAAGCAACAAAAGACGAACUGCUUGCCUUAACCGAAAGACUCCCAGAGCAGAAGAUUUUUUCUCCCCAGGACUGUCAAGAGGUGCUGCGACGCGGCCACAAAGCUUCCGGUAUGUACAAAAUUAAACCUAAAUACUCUCCGGAGGAGUUCUGGGCAUGGUGCGACUUGACGACAAGUGGGGGCGGCUGGACUCACGUUCUCAACAGGUUCGACGGCUCAGUAGAUUUUUUGCGAAACUGGACCGACUAUAAGAUGGGAUUUGGUGAUCUUUCGGGAGAGUUUUGGUUGGGCUUGGAAUAUUUGUACCAUUUAACAGGUAGUAAACAGAAUGAAUUAUUGUUCGAACUUGUGGAUUGGGAUAUGACGAAAAUUAACGCAGGGUAUAACAAGUUCAUAAUUGGGAAUGAAGGUGAAGGAUAUGAACUCAAAUCGGUAGGAAAAUUUCCAUAUGGUACAGAUGAUUCUAUGUCACAACAUGUAAAUAUGAAAUUUUCAACCCCAGAUAAAGACCAAAGUCCUGGAAAGUGCGCUUUGGCUUUUAAAGCCUCAUGGUGGCAUAAGAAUUGCUUUGACAGUCAACUCACAGGCGUGUAUGCCGACCGAGGUCUAGGUAAAAAUAACCAAAACAUAUACUGGAAUUCAUUCCAUGCAGCCCCGUACAGUCUGAAGCAAAUUCGAAUGAUGAUCCGACCUGUAGACUGACAGAUCUGGGAUACAGUGGGGCUCAUUUUACUCAAAAAUAUAUCUUUAUCACUUCGUCACUUCAAUAUAAAUAAAACUUUUUAAUAUUUUGUAGCGCUUUUGAGUUGUAGUUGAACCGUUUUAUGUUGAAAAUAUUGUAUCAGUUUGGUUUAACUUCGCGUCUACAUUAUUUGUGAGCCAUUUUUACAAAUAAAAUUAUGGGACACCGAG